AUGUGAAACUCGAAUUGGUUAUGGAAAGCGGACGUUUUGUUUACAGGCUGCUUAACAUCAGUCGAAAAGGAACUACCAGGAACACAGAGUACCGCUACAAAGGCAAAGCAGUACCCGGUAGAUUUAAAGAUAAUGGACCGGGACAUAGAAAAAGGGUAUAAAUUACAGCAGCUAUAGUGAAAGCUGCUGCUUAGCCGAUCGGUGAACUGGACAGCGGGAGUCAAAUUCCAUCGGAUGAAGGAGGAGCAGGAUCUCUGCCCAUUGCAACAGGAGACAUAACGGUAUAAAAGCCACAGUAAUUAAAGGGGGCUGUUUCCCCCCCAGAAUCCCUUGGAUUGUGUUUCUUUUUUCCCAUUUGAAUAGUCACUCCCUGAAUAUUUCGUUUUCUAUUUAGGUUUUCAGAAUGUUAGGCUGUCGAUGAAAAGCUUUCAGUGAUGCGGGGAUUAAUAUGACGGGGGAACGGGAGCCACUGUGGACACGCGGCUUGUGGGGCCGUAUUGCAUAAGCGACCCGUUCGGAGCCCCCCCUAGAAACGGGAGGCGUGUGCUUUGGAAACUAUUUUGAAGGGAAACGCUUUCUCCAACGAAACGGAAAUGACUUCAGCUGGAGGAACGGAGAUCGGCCGCUUUGUUUCGGCCGUGGGGGAGUCCGUCUUCGGGAAUAUGUCACGUCGUACCCAGCUCGCCGUCUAAAGCGUUUGGACCGUGAGGAUCUCACCCGAAAGCAUGUUUGCCGGGAUGGUUCGGCUGGAGACGUGGUCCCCCGAGGCUGACAGCGCUGCCCUGCCGUCGCACCCGGAGAUGAGGAGAGCAGGUGGUCGGGUCACGGUGCCAGCAGGUCGAGGCUCCCGAAAGAGGCUUCCCAGGAGACCGGGGUAUAUGAGGCCGGAUCUGCAUCGACAUUCAUGGAGUGCAAUCGAAGGGGAGUGCCAGAGCCCCAGUGUGACCAAUGGGGAGGCUUGCCACGCUGUGAGUGACAGCCAUCACACAGCUGUGCAGUCCGGCCUGCUGAAGCUGACCCAUCCUCCUUCCAGUGAAGUCUUCAAGCCCAGCCUGUGCCUUAACAGCGGGAUUUCGCUCUCCACCCUCCCCCAAGAGGCCUGCAGACCCACCCCCAGGGAAGCUCCUAAUCGGGGACAUCGCCCAGGCCCUCAUUCUCCGAAACCCGUGAAGAAUAUUCAGAGCUCGCCUCAUCGGGAGCAAUUUAACUCCAGUUUCAGCUUCAUCAGACUCUCGCUUAGUGGCAGCCAAGAGAUGGAUGCUUGUCCAGGUUCCCCUGCACAAUCAGAACCCGUUUCGGUCCCUCUGGCUCAAUCAGAACCUGCAUGUGUUCCACUGGGCCAAUCAGGACCCGUCACUGAUAUCAGUGGCUGCUCAUUUAGCGUCUUAGGUUCCCAGCCUGCUGCCUCAAAAGCAGAUAGGACUCGCAGGCGUUCAUUUAGCAGAGAUUUGUGGGGAGAGGGUGAGGUCUUGCUGUGCAAUGGUCCGGAAUGCCAGGCCGCUCCGGCCUCAAGCCCCGCCCACUCCAGGGUCCGUCUCCCUGACUCCGACGCCGGCUCUGUGGAUGCCGAGGCCGCCUCCUCCCUGUCGGCCGACUCCUCCUCUGACUCCACCUCGGGCUCCUCCGUCACCUCGGGCUAUGAGAGCGCCGUGCCCUGCGGUGACCACGGCUGGGAGGCCCUGGCCAAGAAGUACGAGGGCGUCCUGCAGGAAUGCCUGCAGGGAAAUCAGGCCAGUGCCAAGAUCGAGUCGAUGAUGAUGAAAUUGCAAGGCCUUCAGCAAAAGGCAGUGCUGGAAGACGACUAUGACACGGCGGAGCGCUUUGGGAGGAAACUGGAUGAGCUGCGGCAGGAGAGGAGCACGCUGGUGCGGGGCCUGCCCUCCAAGCACCCCUCUGUGUCCCGCCUCCUGGAGCGCCUGCUGGUCGCCGUGCGGAGUGCCCUGCAGGGGGCAGCGGUGGGCAGCAGAGAGGGCGACGGUUCCGUCGAUGGCGAAAAGGGAGCUUCGUCGUCGGGCCAGGAAGGUGCUCAGCGCCCCCUGCUGUGGAGAGACCAUCUGCUCAGAGAGAAGCGGCUGGUCGAGGAGGAGAUGCAGGACCUGCAGCGGCGGCUGGCCAGCCUGCGGCAGAGGAGCGCGCAACUGCAGCAGGAGCUCCUGCAGGAGGAGCGGCUACUGGGGGGCGAAGAGGACGAAGGGUCAGCCUUGUGGCACUGUAGCCCCGCCCAGCUGCACGAGCUCGGCCGGGCGCUGGAGGACACGGUGACAUCAGAGCACCGCGCACGGCUCUGCACUCGCUGGCCCCUGGCCGUGCUCAGACUGCAGGAGAGGGAACAAGCCUUGAACACAUCCAUCAGAGAGGCUACAGCCAAAGUGGUUAUGAGUCAGAAGCUGGGCAGCAGUCUGCGGAGGAAGGUCAGCGAGAGUGAGACGCAGCUGUUGGCUCUGCACGAGGCCAAGAUGGCCGCCAUCUCAGGGGGCGACUUCUCUAGCGCAAAGGAGGUGAAGGUGGAGAUGAGGUGUCUGUGUGGGGAGCGGGACCGUCUGGAGGCUCUGGCCAAGAGACUGCGGGCUCUGAGCGCGAGGAGCAGCCAGGAGCUGGCCAGGAUGAAGGAGGAGCAUGGCCUCCUCAAGAGGGAGCUGCAGGAGAGGGAGGCGCGCUUCGGUAAGAGCGAUGGCAGCCGCCAAAUCCACACGCUCGGCACAGGGCAACCACAUGGUCAGCCGCUGCAAGCGCACGGGAAACACGGGGUAACCACAUGGUCAGCCGCUGCAGGCACAUGGGCAACACGGGGCAACCACAUGGUCAGCCGCUGCAGGCACACGGGCAACACAGGGCAACCACAUGGUCAGCCGCUGCAGGCACACGGGCAACACAGGGUAACCACAUGGUCAGCCGCUGCAGGCACACGGGCAACACGGGGCAACCACAUGGUCAGCCGCUGGGGUUACAGGGUCAGUGUUGGAAUGACACGUGUUUGUACACACGCCUCCGUUAUGCUGCUCUCAGAAAAGACACCCCCAGCCCUUCUCCGCUAAGCCUAAUUCAUAACUUCUCUGCUUAGAGUGGUCUCCCCCCCCCCCGGCCGAGAUGAAAUGUAGCCAUUGUCUAUAAAUCAGCAGACAGCUGCUCUUCCUUCCCUGUCAGCACCCCCUCCCUGGCAAAUUAUUUUCCCUCUUUUCUCCCAUCCUGUAGACCAUAAACCCCCCUGUGCAUUGUGGGUAAUUGACUAACCCUAACCCCGGGAGCUGUCCUGGAGUAGAAUUUGGUUCCUGUGAACAAAUAUUUGGUUGGGGGGUGGCACAGUGGUGCAGUGGUUAGUUCCAGGUGUGGAGUUUGCAUGUUC